ACCUCGGUCGCUCCGCCUUGAAUUGAAGACUCGAGGCCGUCUCGGACUCGUCCCAAACCAGCCCAGCGAACCCAACUCAACCUGACAUUUUUCAGUCGCAAGGGGGCAGCAAACGGAAACUAUAACUUGACUCGGAACACGAACCGACGACGACAAGGAUGACACACUGACCCUUCUGGUCGGGACGUGUUUCAGCUGUGUUCGCCUCAAAUCUUAGCUUCAACUAAAUCAGCGAGGAAGCUCACGAUGAUGUAUAAUUGCGCGCGGCUUCUGGCCGAAAGCCUCAAAGCCUUAGACCAGCGCCAAAUCAUCCUCCAGCUCGUCAGCCUUGGACUAAUCGUCACUUCGGCCCUCAUGAUAUGGAAAACACUUAUCGUUUGCUCUGGGAGUGAAUCGCCCGUUGUCGUGGUACUCAGUGGCUCCAUGGAGCCUUCAUUUCAUCGUGGGGAUAUACUUGUUCUUGCUCUCGAAAAUCGGGUGACAUCCAAUGGUGAAAUAGUCGUUUUCAGCAUUAAAGGGCGCGAUGUUCCAAUUGUGCAUAGAGUGAUAAGAGAGCACAGCGACGGGAUCUCCGUCUCAGAAAAACUGUUUUUGACGAAAGGCGACAACAACUACAGUGACGAUACAGUCCUCUACGCAGCAGGGCAGGAAUGGCUUCAGGGUCGCGAUGUAAUGGGCCGUGCGGUUGCUUUUCUUCCCUUACUUGGGCGUGUCACGAUCCUCAUGAAUGAUUAUCCUCUUGUCAAGUUCGCUGUCAUAGGCUUGCUUGGUUUGCUGGUCGUAACUAGCAAGGAGUGAGGAACUUUCGUGGUAUGCGGGGCAUCUGAUCCGUCGUCUUUGAGCAAUCACCGCAGUGGUGCGGAAGCUGCGCCCAAUACCGCGCACAUCCAUCGACCUCCCGAAACGAGCAUAUAGCGAAGGUAGACGGAUUGUCCAUGACGGGCGAGAGGAAAUCCGAGAGAAGUUAAGAAAAUAUUGGAAUAAAUGUUUGUUUCACAGCCGUCAACAUCAAGAACUGCAGGAAUCAGGCUUGAGUGCUUGUGCCAAAUGUAGCACAACUUUGGCACUCAAGCAUUCAUGGAGCUGCAGCCGUGUUUCUUAAGCAAAACGGUGGAAUCGUUCCGAAGCCAAAAUGGCAACAAAUUUGGAGUGAGGGCUCAAAAACCUGCAACAGCCUCUUUUAAAUUCCAGGUCUCCUAGAGGAGGGCGUUGGGAUCAACAAGUAGGGCAUCGAUAUCCGCGGAAAUGUCUGCAUUCUCAUACUUUGGGCUGUACCGUUUGACAGGAAUGCCAUCUUGGUUGAUCAAGAAUUUCUCGAAGUUCCAGGUGAUGUCAGCUCGUCGAACUGGAGACCAUUGAAUUGGCAUCGUGUUUGGUUGUAUGUCAUAGAUGAAGUCUGCACCCAUACCCGCGCGAUCGUCAGAAGGGGAAGGUAACGCGGAUUUGAGAUACGUCCAAAGGGGCUCUUCGCCUUCGCCGUUCACGACACACUUUGCCAUUAUCUGGAACUUUGGAACAUAGCCAUCGCCUGGGCGUACAUACUUGAGUGUGUUCAUGAGCUCAAAGUCUUUGUCAUAACACUGAUGACCAAACUGGUUGCACGGGAAACCAAGAAUCGUCAACUUUUCGCCAUACUUCUCCGCCAGGGCAUUCAGUUGAAUGAAGUCCCUGACGGUAGUUCCUCACAUAGUAGCGACAUUAUUUACGAGCACGAUUUUUCCUUUGAGUUGAGCAAAGUCGAAAUCUGUACCAACUUGGGGAUCGUCCCGGGUGCCUCCUCCAAGGGUUUUGCCCUUGAAAUCAUGGAAGGAGGAGGCCAUAGCUCGAAUAGCGAUUCGACCAGGCUGUGCGAUUUAAAUAGGCACGAAAACAGUCAAGGUAAGUCAGAUUCCGAGCCCCUAUACUUGUAAGAAUAAAGGUUGGUUGUG